GGUAUUAAACCAUAAAGUUAGUUCAAAAUGAGUUCUUUCCCGGGUCGCAUGAAGGAGUAUCCCACCAUAUCGCUGGACCGUUUUGAUAAGGAGAAUUUACAUGCCCGGGCUUAUUUUCUAUCUCACUGCCAUAAAGAUCACAUGAAAGGGCUGAAGGGGCCCCUAUUGAAAAGGAAGUUGAAAUUUAGUCGGACGGCCAAACUGUACUGUUCCUUUGUGACCAGGGAGCUUUUGUUGAACAAUCCCAAGUAUGACUUUUGGGACGAUCGCAUUAUUGCAUUAGAACUGGAUAGUCCAACUCAAGUGGCCCUAAUUGAUGAAGCUUCUGGAGAGAGAGAAGACAUUGUGGUGACUCUCCUCCCUGCUGGUCACUGUCCAGGUUCGGUCAUGUUUCUUAUCGAGGGCGCUCAAGGCACUGUGCUGUACACGGGAGACUUCAGACUGGCGGAGGGAGAUGUCUCUCGCAUAGAACUCCUCCACUCAGGAAACAGAGUCAAAGACAUUCAAAGUGUCUAUCUAGAUUCCACAUUCUAUGAUCCACGCUUCUACAAGAUCCCCAGCAGGGAGACCUGUCUGAACGGUAUCCGGAAGCUGGUGAGCGACUGGAUUGGCCGGAGUGCGUACCACAGGGUGUGGCUGAACUGUAAAGCGGCGUACGGAUACGAGUACCUGUUCACCAACCUGGGAGAGGAGUUCAACACUCAGAUUCAUGUGAACAGUCUUGCUAUGUUCAAGAAGAUGCCUGAGAUCCUUACCUAUGUAACGACCGAGCGAGCCACACAGAUACAUGCCUGCAGACAUCCAACGGAUGAGGAUUUCAUACGUGGUAAUCGACUGCCAUGCGGCUCUGUUGCCCCUGACGGCACCCCGCUGCGUAUCAUCAGCAUCAAACCUUCAACCAUGUGGUUUGGGGAACGGAGCCGGAAAACCAACGUCAUAGUCAGGACAGGGGACAGUUCCUACAGGGCCUGCUUCUCUUUCCAUUCAUCCUACUCUGAGAUCAAUGACUUCCUGGCGUAUCUGAACCCGGUCAACAUAUACGCCAGCGUCGUCCCCAUUGGUCGAACCCAUGCUGAGGUCACGGAGAUGUUGAAGCCCAUGUGCAGAGACCAGACCAUCGUCGCGGAGCUCACCUACAGACCUCUGGGGACCCUGAAACGCACGAGAGCUGUCCGACCGUCCCAAGAUGUGGACGAUAACGAUUGGCUGUUUGAUGGGACCGACCUCGUGCCAGUCAGGAAGAAAAGUGUGGCAACAACGCGGGCAGACAAACCCCAGAGCCCCCCCAGCACAGUGCCCCCUGGUGCCCUGGAGGAACACAUGCCUCUCUCCAUCACAGUGCCUCACUCCACAACCAGAAACUACAUAGACUGUACCGAGUCCAACGAUGAAGACGAGGAUGAGGAGUAUGACAAAGAGACUCAGAAGGAGAAAGACAAAGAAGGAACGCUGAUUAAGGAAGAGAAGGAGGAAGAGGAGACCAAGGAGGAAGGAGAAAAAAUAUUGGAGGCUGGAGAAGAAAACAUAAAGGAGCUGGUAUAUGAAUCUAGCCCUUCCCCCCCACGCUGGGAUGAGUUCUUCACUGCAGAGCCACUGACUGACAGUCAGAACAGCCUUACCAGCCAAUCCCAUUCCUGCUGCCCUAUAAGCCCCUCCCACUCAGGCCUCACAGGCUCACAGACCCCAGAGUUGUUUGGUGAAGACAAUGACGGCGAUGAAUCUUCCCAGUCUACAAACCCAUCCAGUCAGACCUCUAUAGGUGAACAUCAAAGCCAAGCUGACACCAUACUCCUUGAAAACAGGAGGUGUAGGGGAGACACAGAUGGCGUGUCAAGGAGACAAGAGAGUGACAGCGACAACCUCCAAUCAGAGCCCAGGGAUCUGACAGAGUCUCAGGCGUCAUCAGACUUUGACAUUCCCUGCACGCCCGAGUCACAGACGCCGUGCCCUGAACAACUAAAGGACCUGUACAAGAAAUUGGCUGCAGGGGAGGAAGUGGUCAUCAGAAAAGGAAGUGAGGUCUUUCAAUGACCCUUGGUUAACUCACAAAAUGCAAUGGCAUAAGCACUGCUGCCUACACGUGUGGGGAAUAAGACAAACCAGGGCAGUUAACAAGUAUGCCCAUCAGAUAUGGGGUUUCUGUUGAACCUAAAUGAAACGGCAAACAUCUGUGCUUUCAGUUGACCUUGGUAACAUGUGACACAGGUGUAUGUAUGUAUACCAUGACGUUGGGGACCUAAUCCUAUGGAAUGAGUUGUCUGGAACAGUCUAAACUACAGAUUACCAGAUGCAGGUGUAUCCUAACCUUCUAACCACACAAGUCCCAAUCUUUCCAGUUCCUCUGCACUAUUUUACCCUGCGCACAGCACCACCAGUCAGGCGUAGCUUAAGGCGGUGCACUUCACAGCACCUGCACUCUUCCUCUGAAUAAGCUGUUUAACCUCAGUACCUCUUUACUACACCCAUAACCUCAACCUCCUUAUGAAACGUUAAGUCGGUCUUGUUAUAAAACUGCAACUUUGUAAAAAAUCUAUUCCAAGAAAUAAAUCUUUAUUUUUCCUGUA